AGAAGGCCUAAAAUUCGAAAAGUUUAUUUCAUUUCGGAAUUACUGACGAUUGAUGAAGCUCUUCUUGAAACGCCAUUACACACAACUCUCUCAGCCGCACUACACACAACACUCUCUCAACUCCAAACAAUCUGAACUCAUCCAGCUCUGCAGAGCAGGCUCCGUCUCCGACGCAGUUACUCUUCUCUGUUCCAUAAACGCCAUAACCACCGACGAAGAACAAAAUGUGGUUUCAAAACCAGUCAUAUAUGCAACCGUGGUGCACGCCUGCACCAGAUCACUUCACUUCACCGCCGGCCUCCAGCUCCACUCCCACCUCGUUAAGUCCGGCCUCGAAACCGAUCGUUUCGUGGGCAACAGCCUCUUAUCCUUCUACUUCAAACUGGGUUCCGAUUUUAACGACACUCGGAGAUUCUUCGACGGGUUGCCUUAUAAGGAUGUCGUUUCUUGGAGCUCCAUGAUUUCCGGGUACAUUCGCGCCGGAAAACCCCGUAAUGCGAUCGGAUUGUAUCUCGAGAUGUUGAGCAUUGGGAUUGAACCCAAUGCUUUUACUUUGUCUGCCGUGAUCAAAGCGUGCUCGGAUAUUAGAGAGUUGCAGUUCGGGAAAUGCUUACAUGGGGUUGUGGUUAGGUGUGGAUUUGAGUGUAAUGAGGUGAUUGCGGCUGCUCUGAUUGAUAUGUAUGGGAGGAGUUGCAGGUCGGGUGAUUGUCGCAAGGUGUUCGAUGAAAUGCCUGAACCAGAUGCUGUCUGCUGCACCUCGGUGAUUUCUGCGUUCACGAGGUGCGAUUUGUAUCGUGAGGCUCUGGGGGUGUUCUAUUUGAUGUUUAGGAAAUACGGGUUUAUGCCGGAUUGGUUUACUUUCGGGAGUGCCUUGACGGCUUUAGGAAAUUUGGAAAGAUUGCGGCAAGGAAAAGAAGUUCAUGCACAGGUAAUUACCGGUGGGUUUCACGGGAACGUGUUUGUCGAUAGUAGUUUGGUCGAUAUGUAUGCCAAGUGUGGGGUAGUUGAAGAGUCGCAACGUGUUUUCGACAGAAUGGAGAAAAAGAAUACGGUUUCAUGGUCCUCUUUGCUUGGGGGUUACUGCCGAAAGGGUGAGUUCGAAGUGGUGAUCGAGAUCUUCAGAGUUAUGGAAAAGGACCUUUACAGCUUCGGGACUGUUUUACGUGCAUGUGCUGGUUUGGCAAACGAUAAACUCGGAAAAGAGAUACACUGCCAGUACUUGAAGAGAGGUAGCUGGAGAGAUAUCGUGGUUGAAUCGGCUUUGGUUGAUUUAUACGCCAAAUGCGGCUGCAUUGAUUUCGCUCACAGGAUUUUCUUGAAGAUGUCUGUUAAAAAUUUGAUUACUUGGAACUCAAUGAUCGGUGGAUUUGCCCAGAACGGGAGAGGCGAAGAAGCUGUCAGGAUUUUCGAUCAGAUGAUUCGAGAAAGAAUUAAACCAGAUUACAUAAGUUUCAUCGAAGUUCUGUUUGCUUGCAGCCAUAGUGGUUUGGUCGACCAAGGGAAGAAAUACUUUGUCGCAAUGUGUGAGGAUUACGGAUUAAAAGCCGGAAUCGAGCACUAUAGUUGUAUGGUCGAUCUUUUAGGCAGGGCAGGCAAAAUCGAAGAAGCAGAGGAUUUGAUUAUUAAUGCCGAAGAAUUCAAAAGUAAUCCAUCCCUUUGGGCAGCUCUUCUCGGUGCUUGUGCUACCACGACCAAUCCUACAGUUGCGGAACGGAUAGCUAAGAAAACGAUAGAAUUGAAACCCGAUUAUCACUUAAGUUAUGUACUUUUAGCUAAUGUGUAUAGAUCGGUCGGGCGGUGGAAAGAUUCUCAGACGGUGUGGAAGCAAAUGCAGACGAGAGGUGUUAAAAAAAUACCCGGAAAGAGCUGGAUUGAUAAAACCAGCUUCAAUCCAUUGGUUUGUUCGAGUUUUCCAGAGUACGUAUGAAUGGUGAGAAAAUAAUUUACCGAGCUGGUAUUACGCCUUGUUGUCUUGUCGGUGUUCGGAUUCCAUGGAUAUUUUUACUAGACUUAAGCAUU